UCUAAUGAGAUGUCUGCAGACAGUGUGUCAGGCUGCAGAACAGAUCAGAGCCGCUAACAUCCGUGUAGUAAACAGCCUCUGUGUCUUCCCGUCAAGGGCUAGCGGGGGCUGGGUUUUGGUGUGCUGGUCUCUUCUGGGUCCCCUCGUUUUUCCGGGUCUGAACCCGUUCCUAUAGAAGGCGGCAGGUAAAGGCAGCGCCGGUGCUCCAGAUGAGCGUGCCCCCUGCGGUGGCGUCCUCUGCCCAGAAGACCGACAGCCACGGGGAGAUGCAGUCCGCCGCCGUGACCCCCUCCUACCUGCCCAGCCAGGCGGGCGGGAAGAUCCCCGGCCGCAAGAGGGGGAGACCCCCGCUCCGCAGCGUAGCCCCCAAGAUGGACUUCCCCGGACGCUACCCAGAAUCCCUCCCUCCUCUCAAGGUGCCCAAGAAGAGGGGCCGCAAGCCGGGUUUCAAGCUGAAGCCGCGCAUGGUGAUGACGCCGCUGGCCAUCUCCCCGCCCAGCAGCACGCCGGAGCCCGACAUGAGCUCCAUCCCACAGGACGCCGCCACCGUCCCGCACUCGGCCACGCCCCAGGUGCUCACAGUGUGUAUCUACAUCAACAAGCAGGCCCUGACGGGGCCCAACCUUGACAGGAAGAAGGUGCAGCAGCUCCCAGACCACUUCGGGCCCGACCGGCCCUCGGUGGUCCUGCAGCAGGCCGUGCAGGGCUGCAUCGACAGCGCCUUCCAGCAGAAGGCCGUGUUCACCCUGCUCACCCAGGGCUACGGGGGGGAAAAGAUCUCAGCCACGUUCGACGGCAAGCAGCACCUGCUCAGCCUGCCGGUGGUCAACAGCAUCGGGUACGUGCUGCGCUUCCUGAAGAAGCUCUGCCGCAGCCUGCACUGCGAGAACCUGUUCAGCGACCAGCCCAUCGGCCCGCACAGUGGGGGGUCCUACCACUCUGACGAAACCUCCAUGACGGAUGAGUACCACAUGGACCAGUCCGAGGCCAAGCGCUACUCUGUGGACCCCGGGGACUCCGCCUUCAACUCCAUAAGCUCCUCCUACUCGCCAAAGUCCUCCUACGGCUUCCGUGGCCCAUCACAGCAGUUCCCCGGCGGCGCGCGGCAGUCGGCCAGCAGCCCCUCCUCCUUCCAGGAGAACAACCGGACAGCCUACGGGGGGCCCCAGGAGCCCCAGGACACUAAGGGCCCGCCCCAGAAGGACCCGUCGUCCUGGUCCGUGGAGGACGUGGUCUGGUUCAUCCGGGAGGCGGACCCCCACGCGCUGGGGCCCCACGCGGACCUCUUCAGGAAACACGAGAUCGACGGGAACGCCCUGCUCCUGCUGAAGAGCGACAUGAUCAUGAAGUACCUGGGUCUGAAGCUGGGCCCCGCCCUCAAACUGUGCUACCACAUCGACAAACUAAAGCAGACCAAGCUCUAGAGUACGCAGGAGCAAUCAGCGGCCACGGACACGAGGGGCGGAGAGGGCCACCGGGGCAAGGGCGGAGAGGACGACCGGGGCAAGGGUGGAGGAGAACGUCCACCGCCAUCAGGGUGGAGCCUCCACCUCAACACUGGUGUUAUGCUGUGGUUUUUAACAGGCAUCAGUGUUUCAACUGAGAUGCAGGCCCACAGAGGCCCCAGCAACACCGAUUUUACACCGAGAAAAAACACAAAUGGCCAAUACAGAUGUCCUUCACUGCUUAUGCAUAACGUUUCCGGCGUACAGCACCAUACAUCCUUUUGUAAUCCACUGACCUUUGUAAGUGAAUGCUGCUGUAUUAAAGUCAAUGUUAGCCAGGCCUAUAUAGUGAGAUCAAGCUUAGGUCUUUUAUUUUGAAAAAACAUCAAGAAUCCGAUAGCUCUACUGGUGCUAAAGUUAUCGCUGUAUCUAAACUGUAUGCUUUUGUGUUUGUGAGAUGUAAAUAAAAUCCACUGUACUGUAUGUGUGUAUUCAAUUAACCAAAUCCAGUCAUCAUUCAUUAUUGUGCCACGGACAAGAUAUUUCCUUAAAUCAUGAAUUGGUUUCAAGUUGCAGCUUUAUAAAGGCCCUUGUGUAGACUCAUUCUGGUCGUGAGAGGCAGGUAAAGAUAAUGUAUUGGAUGGUACUAGUGUUUGACGAGAAGGGAUCUGACGGACCUCGGUUCUUUAUCGAUCCAUAUUGAUUCUUAAAACAGUAUGCUAGUCCCUGGCACAACCAUAACUGGGUCAAAUAAA